CGAGCUGGCUGUGGCGGCGGUGCCGGGCGGGCCAUGGCGGAUGGGGCGCGCUCGCUGGGCGGGAGCCGCGGGGGCAGCCCGGCCGCCAGCCCGUCGCUGGGGGGCAGGAGUCGCCCGCCGCCGCCGCCGGGCCACGGCUUCAGGCGGGUGACGCUGACCAAGCCCACCUUCUGCCACUGCUGCACCGACUUCAUCUGGGGGCUGGCGGGAUACCAGUGCGAGGUUUGUAACUUUAUGUCUCAUGAGAAGUGCCUCAAACAUGUGAAGAUUCCAUGCUCAUGUAUUGCUCCAAGUCUUGUAAGGGUUCCGGUUGCACAUUGUUUUGGACCACCAGGACACUACAAGAGAAAGUUUUGCACUGUGUGCAGAAAGCCACUGGAAUUGCCUGCAUUUCGAUGUGAAGUAUGUGAACUACACGUGCAUAUAGAUUGUGUUCCGUUUGCUUGCAGUGACUGCCGUCAGUGCCAUCAGGAUGGGCAUCAGGACCAUGAUACAUACCAUCAUCACUGGAGGGAGGGAAAUCUUUCUUCUAAUGCUCGCUGUGAAGUCUGUAAAAAAACCUGUGGUUCUUCUGAGGUGCUGUCUGGUAUGAGAUGCGAGUGGUGUGGCAUUCUGGCUCAUGUUGCAUGUUUCACUGCUGUAACACCAGAAUGUACUUUUGGAAGACUAAGGAACAUGAUUCUUCCUCCAAACUGUGUGCGUUUAUUUUCUCGCAAUUUCAGCAAAAUGCAUUGUUUUCGAAUAUCUGAGAGUCUGCAAACAGAACCAGAUGAAGAUGAUGAUGUUGAUGGCUUAACACAAGGAUCAGCAAAAGAUGCCCAAAUUUCAACAGAUUCAAGUAAACAAACAUUAAAAAUAUUUGAUGGGAAUGAUGCAGUAAAACGAAAUCAAUUUCGUCUGAUUUCAGUUCCAAGGAUUGCAAAAAAUGAAGAAGUUGUGGAGGCUGCGCUGAGGGCAUACUACAUAAAUGAUGAUCAGCAAGACUAUGAACUCCAGACAUUUACUCAGCAGGCCUUGUUGUCUGAUGACAUUAUCAACAGGAAUGAUGCCUCAGAAGAAAUCUGUCCAGGUUCAGUAUUCAGAGAGUCUGUUCCUGAAGCUUGGAUCAUAAGAGCCAAACCAAAGGACCAUGAAGUAUUACGAAUAUAUCCUGCUUGGCUGAAAAUUGGAAUGGCCUACAUCUCUCUACGAAUAAAUAAAGAAAGCACCACUCGGACUGUAAUCGAAGAAGUUCUCCCACUACUGGGAAAACAGGUAGAAUGUAUUGAUAACUACAAAUUGGUGGAAGUAUUCAUGGGCAGUAAACAAGUUCAGCGGAUGGUUUUGGAUGACCAGGAAUUGAUCAUAAACAGACUAAAGGAUAUAAGAAAGACUUCAAUACGUCAGAUGAAUCAAACAAGAUUUUACAUUGUACAAAAUACUAAAUCAGUUGUGCGAGUAAAUCUGUUUGUUGGUGGUCUGCCACCUCAACUCUCAGCUGAAGACUAUACUAACAUCCUUAAGGAGGAAUUGGCUAUCAAAAGAAAUCUAGUUUCUGUGAUUCAUGUUUAUUCAUCGCAAGGUUCUGUUGUGCUUGAAGUUUCUUGCUUUUCUGAAGCUGAAAGAAUUUAUAUGCUAAUUAAAGAUACAACUGUCAAUGACAAGCAACUUCAUGCUGUUGUGUUACCUGAAGUGCUGCCUGCCAAACUACCACAGAAUAGCUGUCCGCUACUUGUAUUUGUGAAUCCAAAAAGUGGAGGUCUGAAAGGCCGUGAUCUUCUACACAGCUUCAGGAAACUUCUAAAUCCUCAUCAGAUCUUUGAACUUACCAAUGGAGGUCCGCUGCCUGGGUUUCAUACAUUCUCUCGAAUUCCAUGCUUUCGAGUUUUGGUAUGUGGAGGUGAUGGUACCGUUGGUUGGGUGCUAGGUGCAUUGGAAGAAAUAAGAUACAAACUUGCCUGUUCAGAACCGUCUGUCGCCAUCUUACCUUUAGGAACAGGAAAUGACCUGGGGAGGGUGCUACGCUGGGGACCUGGUUACAGUGGGGAAGAUCCUUACUCCAUAUUGAUAUCUGUUGAUGAAGCUGAUGAAGUACUAAUGGAUCGUUGGACCAUCCUUUUAGAUGCUCCAGAGCCUGUUGAAAAUUCAGAAAAUGGUGCAUUAGAACCUGAGCCUCCAAAGAUUGUACAAAUGAAUAAUUAUUGUGGUCUUGGAAUUGAUGCAGAGUUGAGCUUGGAUUUUCAUCAUGCUAGAGAAGAAGAACCGGGCAAAUUUAAUAGCAGGUUUCACAACAAAGGUGUAUAUGUAAAAGUUGGACUGCAGAAGAUAAGUCACGCCAGAAACCUCCAUAAAGACCUAAAACUUCAGGUGGACCAGGUUGAAGUUGAGUUACCAAGUAUCGAAGGACUUAUUUUUAUUAAUAUUCCCAGUUGGGGAUCUGGAGCUGAUCUUUGGGGGUCAGAUAAUGAUAAUCGAUUUGAGAAACCACAAAUGGAUGAUGGCUUACUAGAAGUUGUUGGUGUAACUGGUGUUGUCCACAUGGGUCAAGUACAGGGUGGUCUGCGAUCAGGGAUUCGCAUAGCCCAAGGGUCAUAUUUCCGUAUCACGCUUCUGAAACCCAUCCCUGUCCAAGUAGAUGGAGAGCCCUGGAUCCAGCCACCAGGCCAGAUCAUCAUUUCUGCUGCAGGACCAAAGGUCCAUAUGUUGAAAAAAUCCAAGCAGAAGCAGAAAAAAGUUGGAAGCACAAGAGAGACAAGAACUGAUAGUGUGUCAGUCACAGAAGAGGGACGCUAAACUGAGAAGAUCUUUAUAGAACAAAUACUGCAUGCCUGCUGCAGGGAACAUGAACCUAUCCUGGAAAAGUAUGUUCAGAGGAGUGGUAAAGAAAGGUUGCUUUAUGAAACCACCCAUUUAUUGUGUGUUGAAAGUAAUGUGUUCUGCUCGCUCUCGCUCUCUCUCCUAGUUUCUAGUUACAUGGGUAAAAUGCAUCUAAUUUUUGUGCCACUACGUUUGCCUUUGGUAACUUUUCCAUGAACUAUUGCCCAAUUUUUGGAGUGUGUAUAGCUGAUAACCACAGAUUGAGAUCUUCCUAAUUACUUUUUCCAAACUUCAUUAUUUUUAAGAAGAUUUCAGCCUUUUUUAAAAAUUUUUCAUAGAUAAAUCAUUGUCUCCAAACAAAAAGGUGAUAAGAUACUAUAAUUUCCUUGAGUUAAGCCAGAUGAGUCAGAGUCACUGCUACUUUACCAUUAUAAGUUAUUCACAUUUGAAGUAUAACGUUAGUGAUCCCUACAAUAAAUGUCCCAUGUACAGAGCAGAGAAAAUAUGCUUAAAUGCAUGAGUCAAAAUUAUUUGAGAUGGUUUAUCUGCACAUUUUUGUUAGACAGUGUGAUGAGGGGGGAGGGGGCAAACCAUCUUUAACUGUUACAGAAUGAUUUAUCUUCUUCCAGACUAUCCUGUCAAAUACUUUUUAAAAUGAGCCGUUAAAUUUCAGCAGUGUUCUCUCUCAAGUCAGUGGGAGCAAAAUUACCUUAGUAAUGUUCAUAGACAAAAGACACUUUUUGGAGUCUGUUUUUUUUCUCCACUACUGAGCACAUUACCUUUGGUGACUCACUACUCCCUGCAUAUCUUCACUUUUGUCAUUUCAAACUCAUAUCCUUUUUUGAAAUAAGUUAUGACUGCUUUCAAAGUAGCUGCAAAAAACCCUAGAAGAUUCACUAGUAAUUUGGGGAGUGACUGUCAUCUCAAUGAAAUACUUAGUGAUAGGCAAGCAUUAAAUUGAAAUAGUAACUUAAUUUACUGAGCUGUUCUGUGAGGUGUGGUGCACAUUUACUAAGACUAUCUGUGGCAAUUUGUGCACAGUGUUGGUAGAAUUUUUUUUUUUUUUUUUUUUUUUUACUGGGUUACUUCAGAUUCCUGAAAUUGUGGCUAGAAAGUAAAGAAAGGUCUAUAAUUAAGUAGCAUUCCCAAGAACUGCUCUUGUCUGCAGGUUGGGAAAAUGGAUUGGCUUUUGGAAGGAUGGAGAAGGGGCAGAAAAAGCACUGUUAUCACAACUGGAAUAUCCCAGCCACACUGACCCCAAACAUCCCUUUUUCUUAGCUUCACUCCCAGGUGGACGUGCUGGGAAGGUUGAUGUAGUGCAAGUGGUGGAAUUUGAAGUGGUGCACUUAAUGCUGGAAUAUGUAAAAUGUUAUAUGUUUAAAAUGGCCAUUUGACCUGGUCUACAAGUACUAUCAGAGUUUUAGCCAUGAUUUCAAAUGUUGUCUUUUAUGGCUGUAACAUUUGUCUUGCUUAGUAUAGCUUUUACGACUGAUGGUAAUUUUACUACAUUGAUAUUGGUGGACUGCUGUGAAUCAUUUUGCCAAAACAGCAUUAUAUAAGAUGGCUUUAUUGAACUUUUUUUCACAAUAAGACUUCGUGAUUUUAGCGGGGUGAAAACAGUUAGUUGGCUUACAUCACUCACUCAUGAAAACGCAUUCUGCCAUUGGGUGAUGUGCAGCAAGUCCCUCCUAGCUGGUCCUUCAAUUACAUUGGCAGGAUGACUCCCAGUACAAACUGCAAGGGUCUAUAGUGACCUGAAAUUUUUAGCCAGGAAUACUAGUUACAAAAUUGAAGAACAGUGAUCUAAGAAUUCAGUGCCACCGUGUGUGUUGGCUUUAUCUCUGUAAAGCUAAUUUAAGUUUGUAAAAUCAACCACAACUGCUAAUGUAAAAUUAAAGAAAAGUGUGUGCGUGUGUGUGGGGGGGAGGGGGAAUAAUGUCCUAGCAUUAAAACUGAUGCAAGACUUUGACAAUAAUGAACUAAACCCUAAACAAAGAAUGAACUAACAUGGAUGCUUGCACAUUAAACUGCAACUCUCUCUACAAACUUAUAUAAUGAUGUUUCUUGACCAAGUAGGAUUAUAUACUCAGUCCAGAUGCUGUUAAUCCCCAAGUGUUUAUACGUGUUUGUUCUUUACCUAGUAGCCCAUCUCUCUGCUAUAUAAAUAUAUUCAUAGCUAAAAAAAACAAAAAAAAAAUCCCAAUUUGGAAAAAACCCCCAAAAAAACCCAACUGUGGUAACACUUAUAUAAUUGUUUAAGACUUGCUAUUUAGUACAGCAUGCAGCAUGGCUGCUUUAAAAUGUACCUUUUGUUACUCUAGUGCCUGCGAUAUAUGUUAUGUAUAUUUCCAGUUUUCUUUAUAAUUGAAUUGAGUGGUUUUUGAUCAAUGCAGUUUGACACUUGACAAUAUAACUCCUUUCAGUCUAUACUACAUGUAACUUUCCCACUGCCACAUUGUAAGUGUGCCUCUUCCCAUCUUUUGCAGGGAAUGCCUUCAUGCUUCCUUGUCUCCCUACCCCUUCUGCUGAACCUGAUAACAGCAGUGCUUGUUAGUGCCAAUGUUAAUUAUUAUAUCUAACUGGAAAAACUGUUCAGCAGUUGGGCUGCAACCAUCUCUUCGUUUCCCUUUAAAUCCUCUUAGCUCUAAAGUUGAAAAGUCUUUCAGUUAUUAACUAGCUUAAAUUCAUACAGGCAAGAUUAGAUUCCCGAUUGCCUGAUCAUUAUUUUUGCACAUAUUUUGCACUUAACAGUAAAGGCAGAAUGGGCAUGUUUAGCAUAGGGCAAAUUUUCCUUUUUAGUAUUUGUAGUGUCAAUAAGGAAAAGAUUUUGCAGACUUACAGAAGCACUUUCAGUUUAAAAAUAAAACGGGUCUAUAGAAUGCAGUUUAAAGUUUUCAAGAUUUUUUUGAUUGUGAUAUUCAAGAGCAUCCACUUAAUUUAUAUUUUUCUUUAACUGCUCUGCUAGGGAAAAGGAGAGGAAACGAGUAACUUGUUGAAAUGCAUAUUUAUAUCUGACUGAAAGUUCAUGUAAACUUUAAACACUUACAUUGGCUGGUAUUUUAUGAAUAAACUUGUUAGACUCAUUUUACAGUCCAUAAGAUUCAUUUUAAAUUUGUUUAAUGUUGACAAUUAUUCAUUUGGCACUUGGUGUAAUGGGGAGUCCAACUCAGGUGUUUGCUCACCUGACCAAUUUGAUGCAUGCUCUUGGACUGACAAUGUAGUUAUACUGAACAGUGGCAUAACUAGGGUGCUGAUUUAGGGAAGGGUGAAAAAAAAGUCUGCUGCAGUCAUGAUUGCACUCUGUGCCCUGGGCACCCAGCCAUGUCAUUACUCUGCUGAUAUUGAACAGAAAAUAUAGUGGUUUUAAUAGAAAUUGUUAACAUUGCUUCUAAAUGUACAGUUAGGCCAACAAUGUCAUUGUUUACAGAAUGGUGAUUCUUGAUUGUAAGCAUCCUGAUCAGUGGAAAUAAUGCAUUGCCACAUGUUUUGAUAGCAUUGUUUCUAAAUUAAGGCAGGGCUGUCCAACUGAUAGCCCUUGGGGGCCACAUGCAACCCACAAGAGACCUGUGGGCACAUACAGCUGCCUCUCCCACUGCCAUGUAACAGGGAAGGUCCCAGGGGGCCCACAUGCUGCAUGUACUAUCCAUGUAUAACGAGCCAGGGAGCCAUGUUCCACCAGUGUAGCCCAUGUUGUGGUCAGGGGGUGGGACAUGCUCUGCCUGUGCAGCCUCUACAAUGCAGUGUGUGUUUGGGGGGGAAGGGGAGGAAUGGGACAUCCCGGGAAGCUGUGCACUGUCAGACCUGCCUGCAGUCUGUGUGGGUAGGUGGGUGGGUGGAGGGGAAUCCCAGGAGCCUGCCCUCAGAGCAUAUGGUGUGUGUGGUCCCCAACUAUGCCACAGUUGAACAACCCUGAAUUAAGGAAAUAGUUGCCUUUGUGGUUCAGGCACCUAAGUGCAACCUUUCAGAAAGAUUUAAGAGUGGAUUUUGACUUUUCUGCUCUUCUACUCUUAGAAGAGAUUUUGUACUAAUACAAGUGUUGGAUUGAACAUUUUUCCCUAAAUAAUGGAUUUAUUUUCUGUAAAAAAUAAUUUAUAAGAUGGUUUUAUAAACUGUUAUGUUGUUGAAAAAGUCUUUCUGAACUUUUGAAAGAAUGUAUAUAGCUAUCAAAAAUGGUAUUCCAAAGGAGAUAACUAUUUUUUUAAUGAGGGUAGUGAAAGUGAUAACUCCACUCCCUUAAUUCCUCUGUGUUUUGCAACAUUCUCUUGCUAAUUGAAAGAAAACUGAUUCUCAGAAGGUGUGGCUUCAUUUACAUUCAGUUGCUCUGUGUUUUAAUUUCUUUGGUAGCAAUUCAGAAUAUAAACACCUGUGUAGAGGUUUAACUUCACCAAGUAAAGUCCUACAGAUUAAAGGUUAAAAGUCCUGUGAUUGGGCAUAAAAAAAAAUAACAAUUAUGGAUAUUAUUAAAUUUCCAUAAUCAGUUUAGAUCAGAUUUGUUUAUCCUAAGGGGCCAAUCGGACACCAGUUGCUUCCAAAACUAGCUUUCAGUUGAUCCAAAUGCGCACAAGUAAGACUACAAAUACUGUUGCUGAUCUGUCUGCUGCUUCUUUUCCUCUGUACUUGUAAAGUGUCUAAACAGAGUAGCAACAGGUGCCUAAGAAAUUAAUGAGCACUGAGUACAAAUAGUUUAUUGGAAAAUAGAAGCUUUCUUCCUAUAAAACCAAAUCCUUGGGUGGGGGGCGGGGACUGCAUCAAUGAGGUAAUUGGUUAAUUUACAAUUUUGGAAAGCACAGUAUCCAAAAAUCUUUUAAUUGGAAAUUGCUUUUUGUUUCUAAGCCAUGUCGCUUGGUCCAAGUGUAACCAGGAUGAAUUUCUUGGGGAAGGGAACUGUAAUAUUGAAAGCAAAGCAGCACAUACCAUGGAAUUCGCUAAAAAGUUUGUGUGCCAUAAAAUUUGUGAUGUGCUUAACUGUAGUCUGAGCAUCCUUAAUUAACACAAGUAACUGUGUGAAUAUAUUUGCCAAUUUCAUUGGAAUAGUUCUUUAAAUAUAACAAACAAUGUUUUAGAAAGCAAGUACUUAAAGAUGCCUUCGAUCAUUUCUUUUGAAUGUUGUAACAUAUACUGGACCAGCUUCUACCAACAAGUAAAGCUAAACUGGCCAUUGAAUAGUUCAGCUGUUGCAUAGUGCUUUUUUGUGCAUGCAUCUGCCUAAUAACUCUCAGUAUAACCACCAUUAAAGUGGUUGAAUACUAUUACUACAUUGCGUGCCUCAAACUAAUAAUGUACAUCAUACAAGUUUACUAGUGGCUUGAUUUUAAAAUAAGGUUUAAUGGUAUAACUAGUUUGUGGUAGUCUUCCUUGCAAACCACUAUGUGGUAAUUUGUUUCUCUGAAUUAGUGUUCUUGAAAUGUAGUAACUGUAAAAAAAAAAUAAUAAUAAUUUAUGAAAGGUGGACUUUUAUUGUAUAUUUAAACAUUCCGUUUGUCCUCAAAAUAUGUUCUUUGAAUAAUCGUGUAUAUAUUUUUGCAAUAUGCCUGUGUUUGAUUGUACAUUUUGCACUGACUGAAAUUUGUUAUCUAAGUAUAAUUUGUGAGUACCAGAGAUCUAUAUGUAGAGUAUAUACCUGUGACAAAUAUAAUCAGUAAUUUCUGUUCUGCUCUUGA